UUUGCUAGUUGCAGUUUGGUUAGUUGAACGGUGCACUUCGUCGUUGUUGGACGGCAGAAGCACUAACGGAGGGUGUCCGUGUCUUAGAAAGAUACAAUACUGUUGAAAGGUAUAGUUUCAUCAAUUGCUAGUGAUUGUGUUAUUCGGUGCACUGAGCGAAAGAAGAUACAGAAAAGCUCCUUCAAAAUGUGCAACCGAUCGAUGAUCCUGAAACUCCUGCUGGUGGCCACCCUCGUGUCGUCAGCGCUCAGUGCUAGUUGUUCGUGGCGGGCAGCCGGAAGCAACUGGUUCGGUGGCGAAAUUUGCAUCGUCCAGAAAGUAUACGAUGACUGCCAGGAGAAGAGCGAUUUCACCGAAUGCCUGAAGCAGAAAGCACUGACAUCGCUAUCGAGAGCGAUUGAUAUGGAUUCCAUCCAGCUGGUCGAUGGAGUUACCCUAGUCAAGCAGAAUUCGUCGGAUGAUUCCGAAAACGAAGCUGUCCCCGCAUUGGCUGAUGCCCGUGGAUUGGAUGAUCUGAGCAGCACUGACCGGGCACUGCUGCAGAAGCUGGACCGAUUCUUGAAAACACACACAGUCAAGAUGGAUCUGUCGACUUCAGCUGAAGCUCGUGGCAGAGAUAGGAAAAAUGGAAGCCGUUACAUUAUUGCAGCCAUUCUGACUGCCAUGGGCAUUGCCGGCCCGAUCGGUCUGAAAACCCUCGGUGCCAUUGCAUUCAAAGCUUUGGUCAUCUCCAAAGUUGCCCUAACGAUUGCCAGUAUCUUGGCGCUGAAAAAGAUUUUCAAGAGCGACCACCACGAGGAAACUAGCUUCCAGGUGCACACAGGCCACGACAAUCGCCGAAACACCUAUUUCGUACGUCCAGUACGGGCUUCCGUCGAUCCCUACCGAUACUACUAUGAACAGCCAGCCUAUUAAGGUGCACAUUCCCAAACCGUGAAAGACAUCGACGCCAAAUAGCCAAGUUAACCCCCAAACAUUACGAGAUGGAAAAUGAUACGACUAAAGCAUGCGAAACUAAUCUACUUCCGCAACGGAAGAAAACGAGUAAACGGGAUCGCAUGUAUUUUGAGACUGCUUUAUGAUGAGCACCAAUCGUUUCAUUCCAACGGAAUGGAGCCGAAAAAUCAUCAUCACUACCAGACCGAACACCGACGCUAGCUAGAACGAUUAGACAACAACCACACAAACGACGCAAGGAUCAGAGACGAAGUAAAUACUCGGAUGUGCCUACUACCUCUCUCGAUCUGCAAAGUAAUUGUCAUUUUCUGUUAUUUAUUUUUAAUAUGUAAUUUAUUUAUUUAUUGAGAACAACGAUGUCCCUCCUGUUUUGCCAGUAAGUUAAAAAUAUUGUUGUGCAAUAAAUGAAAGAGAUCAGAAUAGAGCAAAUGGUUUGUAGCUGUUCGAAAUCUGCGAAGAUUGCGUAACUCUCUGGUGAUAUCGAUGCAAUCCAUGAGUUCGGAUUGGUUUUGUCAUAA